AUGCCCAAAUUAACCAAAAGCGCUAAACAAGAUUUGAUUUUGACUCAUCUCCGCGCCACUGGUACCUGUCACACGCUCAAGGAUCUAGAGAAGACUCUACCCUCAGUUGCAUCCAUCAAUGGCAUCCAGGUCAAGGAAUACAUCCAACCUUUGAUUGAUGAGGGUCAACUCCGAGUCGAAAAGAUCGGUAGUGGGAACUGGUACUGGAGUUUCAGCAGCGAUGAAAAGCACGAACGAGAGUGUCAGUUGGCCCGAGUGACUAUGGAGGUGGAGAAAGUCCGGAAGUCUUGUGCCGAUGCGGAAGCGACAUUGGCUGCUGAGACCAUGCGUCGAGUGGAGGAGGACGAAGAUGAAAGAGAAUCCCUCAUGACUAAAAAGACCGAGCUGCAAAUGGCAAUCGAUCGGGUACGGACUGCAGAGGCCCAACUCUCCCUCAAUUCACUCAGCAAGGGUGUGAAGCAGGUCCAAGAGGAGUUAGUCGGGUUCCAACAACAGGCAUUACAGUGGACAGAUAAUAUCUACAUGCUAGAGGAGUAUUUGCGCAAAUUAGCUGGUGGAGAUCGACAAAUCAUCGAGGUCGUUUUGCGCGAAUGUUAUGGAGACGAAUACGUGGACGGAGGUCUUUCUGAACUAGGACAGGAUAGAGAAGGGUAA